AAAACAGCUGGGUGGGUUAGGCGUUACCAACGUCGUGCGUGCCUCGUUCAACAAUGACCAAUAAUUCCUACCCGCUGCUUUCUCCGUUCCCUACCUUUUCUCCCUCUCUCCGUCUUUCCAUUUUCCUCAUUUUUUGGACCUCUUCUCUCUCUAUCUCUAUCUCUCUGAUUCUUCUCCUCAUUCAUUGCCUAUUUCUCUUUUUUGUUCUCUCUCACAAUCUUGUCGAGGAAGUCCCUGCGAUAUAUUUUAAUGGCGUCGCAGGAUAAAGGUCGGCCUCUACCUAAAUUUGGUGAGUGGGAUGUGAACAAUCCGGCCUCGGCGGAAGGGUUUACCGUCAUAUUCAGCAAAGCUAGAGAUGAGAAGAAAUCUGAUGGGGCUGCUGGGAGUGGAGCCACGCAACGAAGAAAUGAGAAUCAAUCUAAAUCGCAAGAAAAUUUUCAGUCACCUGAAACGAAAAAAUGGUUUUGCUGUUUCUGAACAACGACGAGCUGGUGGCGGUUUUGACAGUACUGAGGAAUAAAUGGCAGUCGAUUUCUCAUUUACAUGAUACUUCUACUUCGUUAAAUCUUGGUUCAUGUUGCCAAUCUCUGUGUAUGUAAUGAAGGAGGAAAGACAGACAGACAGGCAGAAUAGAUAUAAGACGCGGAUAAUGUAUUCACCAUUACAUAAUUGUUAAUUAUUAUUAUUAUUAUUAUUAUUAUCUUUUUCAAGAAGUGACAAUUCAUUAACAUCUAUGGAUUCAAUGAAACACGUUAUCUCUAA